UAUCAUUCAGAAAUUAUGCAAAUGUAACAAUAGUUAUGCAGAAUUCUGUGGUCACAACUUAUGAGUAAUCAUAUAUGAUAUCACUUCAACCUGUCCGCCUGAACCCAGGAGGAAGGAUUCAGGCUUGAGAACAGAACUUCACCAAUGAUUAUUCCACUGAAAUCAUCCAAACUGGCUCAGCACAUCCCAUGUCUGGGGCUGAGUAAGGAUAGCCUACACUGAUGUCAGUGUGUGAGUGGAAUCACAUGUCAGUGUGAUGGAUUUCUUUAUUGGCUGAUUCUCUGACAGGGCUGCACAUAGGCUAUAAUCAAUAGCAGUACUGCAAGUUACAGUUCAAUAAUUACCCAAAGAGGAUGUGGGAGUGUAAAGCUAGAAGCGCUGGAGCGGAACCAUCAAGCCAUUGUAUCCAUUGGUAGCAGACUAUCACUCUACACAUUGUUGUCAUUUCUUAAGUUGCCCCGGGGGGUAGUGUGCCAUACUGUAAUUUUGCACCCAGACAUAUAGCCCACUCUGGCAUUGUUACAUAUCAUUGUCAAAACAAUCCAUAGAAAUCCAUGACACGGCUUUAGCUCUUCUGUUUAAAUGAAGGGCUUGCCAAUUUCUACAGAACAGUCUCUAUUAAAUGUGAUUUGAAUAAUAGUUCGUUCAUCCAAGCUCGCUUAAAAUUAACAGAAUUUAAAACAUAUUAUACAUGAAUUGAAUUUUGCAGACUUGAAUUGUGAAAAAAGCCGCUCUAGUCACCAGAAGAUAAAGCCGCCAGGGUGGUCUGUGAGCAUUAUCCACCACUCUAGACAAUACACGAUACGCCCCUCUCAUGUCAUUCCUCUCAUUUUGAGCGCGGAACAAUGCCGGCGAUUCAGACAUUCCACGCUGCGCCUCUGAAGCGCGCGUUCUCGCUCGUUCGCAUAUGUUAAUGCAUAGAGAGCGCGUGAUGGGUCUCGUGCGGUGUCUCUAGGACACACGCGUGUCAUCAAACGAUCAUUGAUGAAGAAUGAACAACAUUUACACGCACUUUACUUUUAAAAUGAACACGCUCAACCAUGGGGAAAAGAGACAAGAUGCGGACUUUAUCUGGUUUAAGUUGGCUUCCCAGCCUGGUCAAGCUAAAUUCCCGGUCUGGUUUUUGAAAAGUGCACAAACCCAGCAAACAGACUUUGAGACAAGUCGCUUCUUCCUCUUUUUCAGCAGCGUCACACCGAUACACAGUUGCUGGUGGUAAAAGGUAAGCCACUGAUACCGCGGAAAAUACAAAUAAAAAGAUCCGUCGUGCGUAAAAAUCAGUCAUUUAGUUCCCAGGUGCGCACUGGGUGCCACAGAAUGCCCUUGCUGUCUCCAGCCACGUGGACCGCUCACAACAACAACAACAACAACAACAACACAUUAAGUCCUGUCCUCUCGAAUGCACUCAACCCACCCCCACCAACAAAACUCCGCGCGCCGUCCUCUUCGCGUCUCACUCUGGCCCCGCACCAGCACCUCUCCAUCCCGCCGUACCAUUAGACUACCGAAGGAGGGGCCGCUCGAAUGACGGUCCCGCGGAUGGGAGGGUACGAGAGGCGGGACCAAAGUCUUCCCUGCUUCUCGGUGCUGGAGAGUCCGGGACUAGGGCUGGAGAGAUCGCCGGGGAGCAUCGUCACCACUCCUGCACGGAGCCUAGCCUGGCCAAAUACUGCACGGUGCACACGUCGGGAUUGCAAAACAUUCCUGAGAAAUAUACCUGCUAUUUAUGGCAUGUGGCUGGUAACUUUACUCCUGCUGUAUUCUUUUCAAGAAGUGCACAGCGAGGAUGUGGUCUCGACGCGGCUGUACUUUGUGAAUGCUUCCCUGCAGAGAGUGACCUUCUCCAGCUCAGUGGGGGUGUCCCUGCCCUGUCCUGCGGGUGGCGCCCCCCAUGCCGUCCUCCGCUGGUACCUGGCCACUGGCGACGACAUCUACGACGUGCCACACAUCCGCCACGUUCACGCCAACGGCACGCUGCAGCUCUACCCCUUCUCCCCCUCUGCCUUCAACAGCUUCAUUCAUGAUAAUGACUACUUCUGCACUGCCGAGAACCAGGCCGGCAAGAUCCGCAGCCCUAGCAUCCGUGUCAAAGCAGUGUUCAGGGAACCUUACACGGUUCGCGUGGCGGACCAAAGAUCCAUGCGGGGCAACGUGGCCGUCUUCAAGUGCCUCAUCCCCUCUGCUGUGCAGGAGUACGUCAGUGUGGUGUCUUGGGAGAAGGACACUGUCUCCAUCGUCCCAGGUAACAGGUUUUUCCUGACGUCAUAUGGGGCCCUCUACAUAUCUGACGUUCAGAAAGAGGAUGCCCUCUCUACCUACCGCUGCAUCACCAAGCACAAAUACAGUGGAGAAACAAGGCAGAGCAAUGGGGCCCGUCUUUCUGUUCUGGAUCCCACUGAGUCCACGCCUUCUGUGAUGGAUAGUUUCCAGUCAGGAGAGGUACAAGUGGGACGCAGCAUAGAGUUGCCCUGCAUUGCAUCCGGUUACCCCAAUCCCACCAUCCGUUGGCUAAAAGAUGGGAGGCCACUUCCUGCAGAUUCCCGCUGGACACGGCGACUGACUGGCCUAACAAUCAGUGACCUCCGCCUAGAGGACUCUGGAAACUACAUCUGUGAAGUCACCAACAGCUUUGGCUCCAAAGAGGUCACAGGACACCUUAAUGUCAUUGAGCCUCUGAGAGUCACAUUAUCUCCCAAGAACCUAAAAACCGGCAUUAGCAGCACAGUGAUUCUAUCCUGUGCCGUUCAGGGCUCACCUCACUUUACCGUCUCCUGGUUCCGCAACACAGAACCCAUUGUGCCUGACCAGCAUUUCUCCAUCCAGGGAGCCCACAAUGAGACACUCUUCAUCACGGCGGCCCAGAAAAGACACUCAGGGGCAUAUCAGUGUUUUGCCACCCGCAAGGGUCAAACAGCACAAGAUUUCUCAAUCAUACUGCUUGAGGAUGGCACCCCAAGGAUUGUCUCGUCUUUCAGUGAACGAGUGGUAGCCCCUGGCGAGCCCUUCUCUCUCAUGUGUGCAGCCAAAGGUGCCCCUCCACCCACCAUCACCUGGACACUGGAUGAUGAGCCGGUAGCGCGGGACUCGGCGCACCGGGCCAGCCAGUACACGCUCUCCGACGGCUCCACUGUCUCACAUGUCAACGUCACCAACCCCCAGAUCCGCGACGGGGGCGUGUACCGCUGCGCCGCACGCAACUCGGCCGGUAGCGCCGAGUACCAAGCGCGCAUAAACGUAAGAGGUCCUCCCAGUAUCCGGGCCAUGCGGAACAUUACAGCUGUGGCUGGACGUAACACAUUCAUUAAUUGUCGUGUGAUUGGGUACCCCUAUUACUCCAUCAAGUGGUAUAAAGAUGGGAUGCUGUUACCAGACAACCAUCGCCAGGUUGUAUAUGAGAAUGGCACUCUGAAGUUGAGCGAUGUGCAGAAGGGCAUGGAUGAAGGGGCGUAUCUGUGCAGUGUGCUCAUCCAACCCCAGCUCUCCAUCAGCCAGACUGUCUAUGUCACAGUUAAAGUUCCUCCCCUUAUCCAGCCCUUUGACUUUCCUCCCACCUCCAUUGGUAAGCUGAUGUACAUAGCCUGUGUGGUGUCCUCCGGAGACAUGCCAAUCCGGAUCACCUGGAGAAAGGACGGGCAGGAGAUUGUGUCGGGAACAGCAGGAGUCACCAUCGAAACCAAGGAGUUCAUGAGUUCCCUUCAGAUCUCUAAAGUUUCACUUAAGCACAAUGGAAACUACACCUGUAUUGCCAGCAAUGACGCAGCAACUGUCAGUUCAGAGCGACAACUAAUAGUAACAGUUCCCCCUCGCUUUCGGGUUCAGCCUAAUAACCAGGAUGGUAUCUAUGGCAAGUCAGAGGUUCUAAACUGCUCUGUUGAAGGGUACCCUCCACCCAAAGUUGUUUGGAAACAUGCCAAAGGUAUAGGAAACCCCCAGCAGUACCAUCCGGUUCCACUGACAGGUCGUAUUCAAAUCCUAUCCAAUGGUUCUCUGCUGAUCCGCCAUGUUCUAGAAGAAGAUCGGGGAUACUACUUGUGUCAGGCCAGCAAUGGAGUGGGAUCAGACAUCAGCAAAAGCAUGAUGCUUACUGUUAAAAUUCCAGCUAUGAUCACAUCGCAUCCUAACACCACCAUGGCCAUAAAGGGACAGAACAAGGAGUUAAACUGCACUGCCCGGGGUGAAUACCCUAUCAUCAUCCGCUGGGAGCGAGGUGACACCGUUAUUGACCCUGACCGCAACCCUCGCUACUCCAUCACCACCAGCCCCAAUGAGAAGAGCGAUGAAGUUAUCUCCACACUAAAACUGAAGCCAGCAGAGCGUGGGGAUUCUGUCUUUUUCUCCUGCCACGCCAUCAACUCAUACGGCGAGGGUCGAGGGCUCAUCCAGCUGACAGUGCAAGAACCCCCUGACCCCCCAGAGCUUGAGGUUCGAGAAGUCAAAGAUCGUAGUAUGAACCUAAGGUGGACGCAGAGGUUUGACGGCAACAGCAUAAUCACCAGCUAUGACAUUGAGUACAAGAACAAAUCCGACCCGUGGGAGCUGAAACAUGCCACCCGUAAGAUCUCACCCACUAACAACCAAGCCAACAUAGUAGAGCUCCACCCGGCGUCUGUCUACAGCAUCCGCAUGUACUCCUACAACAAGAUCGGACGCAGUCAAGCCAGCAAAGAGCUGACCAUCAGCACAGAGGAAGCACCUCCUGAUGGGCCACCCAUGGAAGUGAUUUUACAGCCAAUGACUUCUCAAAGUAUCCGCGUCACCUGGAAGGCACCUAAGAAAGAGCUCCAAAAUGGAGUGAUUCGAGGCUAUCAAAUUGGUUAUAGGGAGAACGGACCAGGCAGUAAUGGACAGUACAGUAUAGUGGAGAUGAAAGCCACAGGUGACAGCGAGGUCUACACUCUGGAUAACUUGAAGAAGUUUGCUCAGUAUGGUGUGGUGGUCCAGGCCUUCAACCGAGCUGGAACUGGACCUUCCAGCUCUGAGAUCAAUGCCACAACACUUGAAGAUGUUCCCAGCCAGCCACCCCAGAAUGUUCGGGCCAUAACAGUGACAUCAGAUGAGGCAGUGAUCACGUGGUCUGAGCCCCCAAGGAUGACCCUGAAUGGGGUUCUGAAGGGCUACCGUGUGGUGUUCUGGUCCCUCUACCCCGAUGGAGGUGGGUGCUGUGGGGGCCAGACACUGGGGCUCAACCAGAAAUGGGGAGAGAUGCAGAACAUCACUACCACUCGUGAGCAGGUGGAACUGAAGGGGCUGGAGAAGUUCACAAACUACAGCGUUCAGGUCCUGGCCUACACACAGGCAGGAGAUGGGGUCCGCAGCAACGUUCUCUACAUACAGACCCGAGAAGACCACCCUGGUCCUCCAGCAGGCAUCAAAGCAGUGCCAUCUUCUGCCAGCAGUGUGGUGGUAUCCUGGCUUCCCCCUGUCAAGCCCAAUGGUAUUAUCCGAAAAUACACCAUUUACUGUUCCAGCCCAGGAUCGGGCCAACCGGCACCCAGUGAAUACGAAGCCAACCCUGAGCUGUUAAUAUACAGAAUCACCCACCUGACCCGGGGUCAGCAGUAUCUGAUCUGGGCAGCUGCUGUCACCACUGCUGGUAGGGGCAACAUUAGCGAGAAGGUGACUGUGGAGCCCGCUGGGAAAGCUCCUGCUAAAAUCCUGUCUUUUGGUGGAACUGUGACCACUCCAUGGAUGAAGGAAGUCCGGCUGCCAUGCAGCUCUGUGGGAGAGCCAACACCAACAAUCAAAUGGACCAAAGACAGUGAGGACACUGCAAUCCCAGUCACUCAAGAUGGUCACCGGAAUAUUCUUUCAAAUGGUACCCUGGUGCUACGCUCUGUGAAAGCCGAGGAUUCUGGGUACUACACCUGCACAGCCACCAACACGCUGGGGUUUGACACAAUCAUCGUGAACUUGCUGGUACAAGUGCCUCCAGACCAACCACGUUUGACCGUUUCCACCACGUCCACCUCUUCUAUCACUCUGGCUUGGAUUCCUGGAGACAACGGAGGAAGCUCCAUCAGAGGUUUCGUGCUGCAAUAUUCAGUAGACAACACUGAGGAGUGGAAGGACGUUUUCAUCAGCUCCAGUGAAAGAUCUUUCAAGUUGGACAACCUGCGCUGUGGCACCUGGUACAAGGUUAAACUGGCUGCAAAAAACAGUGUGGGAGCCGGUCGCAUCAGCGAGAUCAUUGAAGCCAAGACUCACGGCAGAGAGCCACAGUUCAAUAAGGACCAGCCUCUCUUCACUCACAUCAACUCCACUCAUGCACGCAUGAACCUGCAGGGCUGGACAAGUGGGGGCUGCCCCAUCACCGCUGUCCUGUUAGAGUUCCGCCCCAAAGGCACCUGGGCCUGGCAGAGUGUGCGCACCAACGCCUCGGCAGACAUCUUCCUUGCAGAGCUGCGUGAGGCCACCUGGUAUGAGCUGAAGAUGAAGGCCUGCAACAGCGCCGGCUGUGGAAACCAGAGCUCCCAGUUUGCCACUCUGGAUUAUGAUGGGAGCACAAUUCCGCCUAUUAAGUCAGCACGAGGGGAAGGAGAUGAUGUUAAAAAGCUUUUCUCUAUCGGCUGUCCUGUCAUCCUGGUCACAUUGGGUAUGGCUCUGCUCUUUAUUAUCCGCAAGAAACGCAAGGAAAAAAGACUCAAGAGACUCAGAGAUGCGAAGAGCUUGGCUGAGAUGCUUAUCAGCAGUAAGAACAAUCGAAGUUUUGACACUCCAGUAAAAGGCCCACCUCAGGGACCUCGACUACACAUUGAUAUCCCACGCGUGCAGCUUCUUAUUGAGGAUAAAGAAGGAAUCAAACAAAUAGGUGAAGACAAGGCCACCAUCCCUGUGACCGACACUGAGUUCAGCCAAUCGGUGAACCCUCAGAGCUUCUGUACGGGCGUGUCUGUGCAUCACCCCGCCCUCAUCCAGAACACAGGCCCUUUGAUUGACAUGUCAGACAUCAGGCCGGGCACCAAUCCAGUAUCGAGGAAGAGUGUGAAAUCUGCACACAGCACAAGAAACCGCUAUUCAAGCCAGUGGACUCUGACUAAAUGCCAGGCAUCCACACCUGCUCGCACUCUCACCUCAGACUGGCGGACAGUGGGCUCGCAGCAUGGCAUUACAGUUACAGAGAGUGACAGCUACAGUGCCAGCUUGUCCCAGGACACAGAUAAGGGACGUAACAGUAUGGUGUCUACAGAAAGUGCGUCUUCCACAUACGAGGAGUUGGCCAGAGCAUACGAACAUGCUAAGCUGGAGGAGCACCUACAACAUGCCAAGUUUGAGAUUACAGAGUGCUUCAUCUCCGAUAGCUCCUCUGAUCAGAUGACCACUGGCACCAAUGAUAACGCAGACAGCAUGACCUCUAUGAGCACGCCAUCUGAACCAGGAAUCUGUCGCUUCACUGCCUCUCCACCCAAACCACAGGAUUAUGACCGUGGCAAAAACGUGGCAGUGCCCAUACCCCAUCGAGCCAACAAGAGUGAGUACUGUAACCUCCCCCUAUACAUGAAGACGGACCCUUUCUUCCGAAAACAGGCAGAACUGCACGAUCCCUGCCCGGUGGUCCCGCCUCGCGAAGCCUCCAUCCGGAGCCUCGCUGCCCGGGCCUAUCACACACAGGGUCGUCACAUGACAUUAGACCCCUCCAAACAGCAGGCCCUGACACUGGGCCAUGGUGGCUUGAGCAGCCUGACCAGCUCAGGGGCCUCUGGUACAUCGGGCCCACCCUCAAGCGGGGCCGCUGGGAGCUCCAGCAUCAGCUCAGGCACAGCCACCCUGCCCCAGAGGACUCUCACCAUGCCCAGCACCUCCUCCACAUCCUCAGCCCCAAGUGGGGCAGUUGCCGCUGGAGCAGGAGCGAGUGCAAGCUCCACAGGAGGCAGCGGCCCGACGCCCGGGAGCUCCAAGGUUGGAGGAUCCAGAGACUCUCUGCUAGAGAGCAGCUCGUCCGGGCUAGGCAGACUGCAAAAGCAGAAUGCUGGGGCAUACUCCAAAUCCUACACUCUGGUGUAGCUCACAUACACGUAUACGUAUACAGAUACAGUACAUUCACACGCAAACCUGGAGUCUGAGCAGGGGCGGAAAUAAACAAUGGCAGGACAGGGGUCUCUUUCUCUCCUUUCCUCUCAGUUACCUUAAUUUGCUUUUCUUUUUAAUCUUCUGCUCAAGCUUUUUAUUCAGCCUUCUCCAGGAUUAAAUAUGCCAAACCCCAGGAACCUUUCCCUUAUUUUGCCUUUUUUUUAUUACAUUUUUGUCCUUCUCUCUCACUUUCUUCCCCACUCGCCUUUCUCUUCUCUGUCAAAGACACCUUGGACCUUAUGCACGAAAUGCUUUCCAUGUGCAUUUGUUCAUUUGAUUUCUUAACCAGAAAAUAGGGAAAAGAGGUUUUAAGAGACGAAUUGUUUCACAUUAACCCAUCUAGAUGUUUUCAGGCUGUCAAAAACAUUUUUUUUCCGUCUCUCAAAUAACGUCAUACUGCAACGCAUUGCCUCGGAAAGCUUAUGCAUAAACAAAUCCACAAUGGUGUCCACCUUCCGCCCCUCCUGAUCCUCAUUGGUCCGGAAAAAACAGCUCAAAGACGAAAAGUCUGAACCGCCUGAAUCGAGUCUUUGCGAUUUUUUCAUGCAAUUGAUGACACAGUAUAGAGUGUUAUUGACUAUUUUGUAAACAAACCAGAAAAUCAUGAAAAAAAUGUCUGGAGCCAUUUUCACAAAGGAUGUAUGGUUACUGUACUUUUAUUAUUACUUUUUUGUUCGGUUUUCUAUUUUUAAAUUUUGAACUUUAGCACUAAGAAGGGUCGAGUGGAUCCACUGAGCUUUCUCAAGCUUGUGUAUGUGUGGUGUGUGCAUGUGUAUGUAUACGUGUAAAGAUAUAUGUAUACAUGUUGUCAGCACACACCUUUAAAGGGACCUCUCGACCAGGCCUGUGCUUGGUCUCUCAGCAUCGGAAAGGAAUCUGUUUGGAGAUGCCAAGUGCUGCCCACUGAGCUACAAGGUCCCCAGUCUAUCUGAAAAGGGGUGACGGGACGGAGAGAAUACCGAAAGGGUAGAAUAAUCUCCCUUCUUAGCUCUCUCAACUCCUUUUUAAUAUGAAAGAAAGGCUCUGGUUUUGUUGUUUGUUUGUUCGUUCGUUUGUUUGUUCGAUUGUUUGUGUUUGAUGCCAUAAACUUAUUACCCCUCCUUCCCCAACCAGACCUCCCCGAAAAAGUAUUACCACUUCCUCUGUCUCACUGUGAACGCCUAACAGCCUCUCCUGGAUAAGGCGGGAAGAGGGCAGAGAGGUAGGGGGGAAGUAGAGGCAGAUGGGCCCAUGAACAGAGAGGGAGAGAUAUCUGCCGUCGCUGUGUAGCUUUUCUGCGUUUAUUCAUUGUUUCUCUUUAUUCUUUGCUUUCCUUCCCCACAUGAAGACUCUAAUGGUCAUUCCUAUUCGAAGGUCUUAGAGACUCUAGCUUUAGGUAGCGCAGGGGUGGAUAGAGGAGGGAAUGAGUGAAACAUAGGAGGGGGAGUUUUUCGUUCUGCCCCUAAAUGAAUCGAGUAUCCUCUCAACCCUCCAUCGUUCACUCAGUUUCCAAAGCAAAGCCCCAUCACAGAGAAACUUCCAAAAAUCAACAAACUCUCCCAAUGAUUUAAAUGGAAAAAAGUACUACAUCAGGGCUCCUGCAAUACAAAAGAAAAGAAAAAAAAAAGAAAAUAUAUUGCAAUGUUUGUUGUCAAAAUAUAUACAUAUAUAUUUCUAUCUAAAGAUAUAGUAAAUAUAUACGUGGUGAGAGCAGAGAUUUAAUGCCAUAUCUAAUUGAAUAAUAAAAUUUUUAUUUUAAAAAAAGAUUUGAAGACAAUCGCUCAGUGGGAGGUGCAGCAGUAAGCGAGAGGAGGUGUUGAUUAUGAAAUGCUGAGAUAAACGGGUAACAUAAGAAAGACUGAAAAGGAAUGGCAGAGGUUGCAUUUUGACAUACAACGGCAGUCGCCGUGUUGGGGAUUCUGGGAAAAGACCUCUGAGGUUCCCAAACUAACUUCCUGUCAUUGUUAUAAUCAGCCGGGCUGCAUAGUGCAACAUGCCUGUAUGAUAUGAAGGAGAUAUUUAUGGACAUUUCCCAACACACUCUCUACAGUUGCUUGGAAACAAUGGAAAUGUGCCACUGCAACUCCAGCUCGUAGAUGGACCCGCGACAUCUGUGCGUGCCAUCUCAUUCCAUGCACCAUCUCUACUGCCCAAUGAGUAGCUCAAAAUACCCACAGUGCUUUGAGAGCUUUCCAUCAGGCCCUUAAAGAGACAGUUCGUCCAAAAAUGAAAUUUCAGUCAUCAUUCGUUCAUGCUCAUGCUGUUUCUAAACCUAUGUUAACUGAUUCUUGUUGAGGAAAUGUUCAAAUAUUCUUUUUUUUUUUUUGUCCAAACAAUGUAAGCAGGGGUGUUGCAAUGUACAUAUCGAGAAAAUAAUUUUGAUUAAAAAAAAAAAUGGAAUUCUGAUUAUUUCAUAAAUAAUCUAGUUACAGUAUGUCCACAAAACUAUAGGUUGUCCCAUUUGUUAUUUGAGCUUGCAGAAGGGUGCUUGCAAGUCCAUUUGUGGCAGAUAAGUUCCCCUUGAUGUGCACUUCGCACUGACAGGACCUCUACCCAGUAAAGAGGCAUUACAUCACAAAAGCACAGACUCGAUGGAAGGGUUUAGGGUGCCAUUUCAGAUUGGGCCAAUGGCCACAAUAUUGAAGCGUCAUUCCAAACUGAAAGGAAGACUUCAAAGGAACCAAUUCAAAUGGCCAUUCAGAACGAAUUUAUGGGACAAUUUUGGCUCCCAUUACACUUUUCACAAGUUUAAUCAUGCAUUCCAAAAAAACAGUUUUUUGGGCUCUCUACAUACUCAUCACUUUGAAGAUUUCCAUUUGGAGGGUAGGAUUUAGAGCAUAUAAAUGGAACACAGCCCCAGUAUGUAGCUACUAUUGCUGCACAAAACCGUGUCUGCUAGAACUGCCAAUCAACAGGAAGUUCAUCUUUUACCCUUACAUGUACAGUUUUAUGAUUUGUGCUCCGCCCACCUAAACUCAUAUUUUGAGCAUGAUUUAUUGACCAUGAAAGAUAAAACAAAGUAAAUAAAGAUGAAUUUCAAUGGAUAUAAUAAUAAUAAUAAUUAUAAUAAUCAAUUUAUUUGAGUACAAUGAUCACAGUUUACAGUGCCACAAAACUUGGAACAUGCUGAAUCCCAAUUCACAUACUUAUACUAUGCCCUAAAAGUAUGUACUUUUUUGGUAAAGGAAAAUGAUAUAUUUUAUCAUAUUAUAUUUUGAGAGUGUCAUAGAAGAGUAAGUAAGCUUUGUGACAUACUACUGCCUCAUAAACAGAUCUUUAGGUUGCUUAGUUACUUCCCGUCAAUUAUCUCGACACAUCAUCCACAUUUCUUUCAUAUUUAAUCACCUACCUUAUUGGAAAAAAACAGCAGCAGGAUAAUCUGCCAUUUGCGAGUCUUACAUGCAGAGAGAUCUCAUCAGGUCUUUGGGUAAUUAAGCAUUCAGAAGUAAAUUCCCAAACAUAUCUUAAUAUAAGUUUACAUUGUUGUUGCAGAGGAAAUAUAAUAGAGAAAAGUUGCUUUAAAUAUGUUCCAGUUGGCUAGAUACUGAUUAACAGUUAUUCAAAGAACUUUACCGAAGCCUCCCUACUUGACAGUUGGUCUAACAUGUCAGCCAUGUUUAAAGUUUGUUUCCACUUUUCACCUGUGUUUCUAAUUAAUUUUAUGUCCAUUGUGCAAUGUAUUGUGGGUAAUAUAAGCAGUUAGAGUAUGAAUGCUUCUACACUUUGAAUUUUUACCAGAAAUAGUAAACCAAUGAGGAACCUUUGGCAUACACUUUUCAACAUACUAUGAUUUGAGACAUACUAAUUCUAUUUUUAAAUGCUAAUAAGGAUGGAUGGUAUGUGAAUUGGGACGCAGCAACAGACUUUCAUUGUAUGGACAAAAAAGCUAAAAACUAUUUAAAAAUACUAAUAAUAAUAAUCUUCUUAUUGGUUGUUUCAUAAAAAAAAGUUUUGUGACUGAACAAAUUAUGAUAGAAGGAUGAACUAUAGCAUUUAGGUCAGGUCGCUAUUUUGAUUUAAAAAAAUUCAAGCUUUCAGCACGUCUGAUAGGUCAAACUUUCUAAAUCAGGAGAAAGAUUGCUACAUUUAUGUACUGCAUAUUUAUGGAUGACUUAAAACAUGCAACCCCUGCAAUAGACUCACAGGAAAUAGUACACAUUUAUUGUUUGUUCAACAGGCUUCAGUUUUAGGCAGCCGUCUGAACAUAUCUCAUGAUAGGAAGACUUGACGCAACAAAUCAUAAGGUUAAGAAUAGGGACAUGAAGUGUUGGGUUUAAAAUUGAGCGAAUUGAAUGAGAAUAUAUAUAUAUCUGUUUGUGGCAUAUGAAAAACAAAAAUCUGUUUGACUUACCAGGAGAUGUUAUAUUGGUCACUUAAUAAAAUAGGAUUGUGUUACAGUGUACCCCAAAGUUGUGUAAGAUAAAUUUGAUCGCCCAGAUUCAACCCAAUCUAGAGACAGAUUUGCAAAGAAUGUGGACUUGUUUAAAAAAAAACAGUGAAAGAAUUAUGUGUUCCUCUUAUUGCUGCUCAAAUGCCCACUGACUGGGUUAUGUGUCUGUCUGAUGGCAGACGUGCCCAGUGCAUUUUGCCAUGAACAUGUUUCAUUAAGAUUAGACCGAUAUCUAUAUCAGUGUUCAUGCCUGUUCAGGUGAAAUGAUUCCCUUAACCAUCCCAAAAGUCCGAUGUAUUUUGCUUUUCUUACCUUUAAAAAACAUUUGCUGACUAUAAAUGAACUUGAUUUAAUCUUUGGUUGCAUUAUUUAUUUUUUUUUUUUCCAGGUUUCCAGCUGUUUUUUGUUCAGUUCGAUGAUGAUUUACGUUGAAAAGAAAAUGCAGUUGUGUUGCGCAACGGGGCAGGCCUGUUUAGCAAGUCUUAUCAGGGACCCCUAAGCUCCAACCAAUCAUAGGAGAAGCUAUGUGGAUUUUGGGAGGAGUUGGGAUUAGAACUCCUCUCCACAUGCCUGUUUCCCCGCCCAAAUUAGCCCCUUUUACUUGACCAAUAAAAAAUUCCUCCUGCUAUACCCAAGGCGUCCCUGUCAGCAUAAUAAUUUCUAAUCUACAAAUAAAGACUCUUGUAUAUAUGAAACUGUUUUGUAUAAAUAAUUACUAUUUUCGACAUCUCCAUGAGCAACCAGGGCACAAUUAUAAGUCUGGUUAAAGGUAUAACUUUAAAUGUGAGGGGAUUAAAAAGACACAAAAAAGUAUAAAAUCUAAGAAAAAAGACUUUACACCUUGAGUUUUGAAUGGGGCACAUGAACCCAGACCAGAUGUCUGGCAUUUGAGUUCUUUUUCUCCUUUUUUAUAAUUUGUCCUAUGUUUUGAUUAAUUUAUGUUGUUGGAUGUUUUGUUUGUUUUUACUUUUGUUUGGUUUCUACCUUUUUGGUUAACUUGAUGAAAAAUGGCAUUGCAUGCUCUGAAUAUUUUGCUGGUUAUUAAAAGUAAAAAGGAAAAGGAGACAAAUAACUAAAAGGGAAAAAAAUAUUAAAAACGCGGAGGGGAUUCCUAAACUUUUAUGGAAAAAGUUGCUUAAAUUUGCAAUUGCUUGUGUUUAAAUAUACAUUUUUUUUCUAUGAAAAUGAAACAAAAACAGAAAAAGAGUACUCCAACACCUUGUGCAAUAAAGCUAUCUUUCUAUGAAUGGUG